CAAGAACAGGCAUGGAGGAAGAGAAUGGCAACCGUCCAGAGGACGCGACAACGUCGCCGAUGGUGCCCCCGGAGAAGCGUCUGUCGCUAUUCAGGGAGACGUCAAUCCCUCGCAAGCGCCUCAUGCGCCCAAACCGCCAGCAGAACCCAGUCGUGGCCGCGAUCGUGGACGAUAUUGUGGACCAUGCAAUCGCGAGUGACGAUAUGCCUCAUGGACACAGCGCGAAUCUAAAACGCGUGUGUGUGCCGGACGAGGACUUGUGCAUCAGUGAAGGAUGGUGUAGUGUAUGCAACGGCGGGGAAAGCACGCCGGGGGACCUCAUCGUGUACUGUGAUAUGUGUGGCAUCCCCGUGCAUCAAAGUUGCUACGGCGUGCCGAUCGUUCCCAAAGGCAACUGGAACUGCCAACGAUGCACUGCACUCCUCGUGACGAAUCAAAGCCCGUCGUCCAUGAUCUGUGCCAUUUGUCAUCGCUACGGUGGCGCAAUGAAGCCACUGCGACGCAUUCAACGGGUCACGACGUUGCCCGAAUGGGUCCACGUGCUGUGCGUUUGGUGGGACCAUGACAUCGUCGUUCCGAAUAUGCACGUCAUGGAGCCGCUUCAAAUGGUGCACCCCCCCAUGAACAACCGCCAGCGAACAUGCAUGAUAUGCCACCGCAACGAAGGUUACCUCAUUCAGUGCCACUGGAACCAGUGCAAUGCUUGGUUUCAUGCAAUUUGCGCUCGAUUUGGAGAUGCCAACACGAUCCAUUGCCACCGGGACGAGCCGCAGCGCCAUCUCGGAGGAGGGUUCCUUCAAGUUGAGAUCGAGGAUGGCCACCGCGCCGCGUUCCACGGGUACUGUCCUCGCCACGCCACGCAAGAGUUUUGCUUGGACGACGUGGUGACGAAACUUGUCGCGUCGGACUUGAUUUCGGACGUGAAAAUUGCUCGGGCGAUUGAGAAAUUGCCCACAUCCACGCCCGACCCCGACGAGCAACUUGCCGCCCUCGGCAAGUGGCUGGUAAAGUAUGCUGAGCAAUCCAUGGCAUCUAUGCCAUCCCUCCAGCUGCUCCAGAUCUUGGUCGACCACUUGCCACAAAUCUACAAAACGUACCCGUCCACCACGAUUCAGCUGCACGAUCUGCUGGGCGGGGCGUGGAUCGAAAAGCUGCAUGCGACGUUUGGCCGGCAUGCCGACGAUCCGUUCGACUACUGUGCUGUGUGCGAAGAGCCCCUGACGCAUUUGGACCAUGGCUUUUACUGCACCAACUCGCACCGACCGCAUAUGCAGCACUGGAGCUGCCAAACCAAGCCGGUGGUCGUCGCGGCGUCCCGCCCGUCCAAGAAGAAAGUCAAGUCGACGCGCUUGUCGAAACCCCCCACCCCGUCGUCCUUGAUCGCUGAAGGGCGAGCCGCCGCUGCAGCGAUUGCGCGCCGUCCCCCCACUCGGGACUCGUGGCCGGAAGCAGUCGCGAUGCUCUGUGGCGUGUGCAGCCUUCCCAUGGACCAUCGCGCCGUCGCCGUGUCCAAAAGCGGCGGGUUCCACGUCUUGCCGAUCGUUGAGACCACGGCGGUGUACGCGAACCAGGUCCAAUGCCAUAUUGACCACGCGUGGCGGCGACUGCUCAUGACAGACUCGGGGAAGUGUAGGGCCAGUUUAUGAACGACCUCGCGAGCAACGACAAGGCGGCGGCCAAAGCCGCCACGAAUGCAUUGCCUCCGACGGAUCGUUUUCGCGUGCAACGGGGGAUUCGACUGGUCAAGGAAAUCCAAGCGCUGCUGCGGCACGCAACGACGUACCAAGCCACUCAGGACGACGCUGUGUACAGCGGCAUGUGCACGCAAUUGACGGGCAUCAUCGACUGGGUCAAACCGUUGGACGGAUAUGCCGGCGAAAAACUGACCCAAGUGCACGCGAUGCUCGUGAGCAAACGAGGGCCUGGCAUGGCCGUGCUCAAGCAACUCGUCCGCGACUACACAAAGCUCCUCCAUACCAAACACGUCCGCGCGGUGGACAAGGCGGUACAAGACCAGCGCAAGCGCGAGAUGGAAUCGGUCUUGGAGUCGGAGCGAGUCGCCCGCGAACAGGUGGAGGCGGAGAGCGAGCGCGCGCGCAAGGCCGACCUCCAACGUGCCAGGAAACGUGAGCGAGAGCGCGAGCGAAAGCGGCAAAAGUUGCUCGCCGCCGCGGCCUCCUCCGCCCCGUCCACUCCCGCAGCCACUCCGCCAUCAGCGACGCCUGGCCCACCAGUGAAACGCUGAUGGUCCCCUUGUAACAAAGGAAGACGUAAAUUUGAACGAAAUAUUUGUGUGUCGGUGGCGUCAGUCGCGACGAACGCGGUCAAGUUGAGGCCGCCAGCUUGGACUUUUGCCCGCACCAAGAGGCGCCACUGGUAGCCACACUCUUCUGCGCCUUACGGGAGAAAAUGCUGCUGCAGUCGAUGGCAAAGCCGACGACCCCUUUGAACAGACUCACGUCGGUGUCAGAGUGAGCAGCGCAACGAACUUUAACGUUGGCAUUUCAUAAUGGACGUUUUCACCUCUGCUGAGUAAUUUGUCCCCAAGCGAUGCCAUGGCGCACGGAUGAGAAAAUCGAGCAAAGAGUCGAGACAUGUCAUAAAUGGGCUAGAACUCGUCGUCGUCAUCGUCAUCGGUGGCAAGACCAAGCGCAGAUUGAACGUCCACGAUCUCGCUUGCGUUGAUGUCGAGGCAGCCGUCGCAAUGGGCGCGAAAGGCAGUCUUGCCGUGGGAGUACGCCAUCUUACUGUUGGGCGGCGCGGCGGGGGGCGCCCAAAAGAGAAAGUACAGUUUGGAGCUGCGUCGUCCAUCGGGAAGUAGAAUGUCAUGAUCGUAGAUGACAUAGCGACAGUCCGAGUGCGGCAGCGCGGCCAUCAGGUCCACGUGGGUGCCAGUCGGCGGCCCCGCCUUGUCCACCACAAUCUGCGCCCCGUCAAUGCGGUAAAAGACAAAGCGGAACUUGCGCUUCAUCUUGAUGUCCUUGAACGCAGCCACAGCCUCUUCCGUCGGAUGGAUCGGCCCCGUCGACGCACCAGCAUUUGCAUACUGCAACGGGACGCCCGCCGUCUUGGUGUGCGGUUCCGCCAUCCUCGUUCAAAUGGAU